UAAGAAGUACGUGCAGAGUUAUCUGGAGGGUUCCAGGUGCUAGUGUGGGCACGACAUAAUAAACAGAAACCAUGUCAAAGGGACCAGCAGUUGGAAUUGACCUGGGGACCACCUACUCCUGUGUAGGGGUUUUCCAGCAUGGUAAAGUGGAGAUCAUUGCCAAUGACCAGGGUAACAGGACCACGCCCAGUUACGUUGCCUUCACAGACACUGAGAGAUUGAUCGGUGAUGCUGCAAAGAAUCAAGUUGCAAUGAAUCCCACCAACACAGUCUUUGAUGCCAAGAGGCUUAUCGGAAGGCGGUUUGAUGAUGCAGUCGUUCAGUCCGACAUGAAGCACUGGCCAUUCACAGUCAUCAAUGACUCCUCUCGACCAAAAGUUCAAGUUGAAUACAAAGGAGAGACUAAGGCCUUCUAUCCUGAGGAAAUCUCCUCGAUGGUGCUUGUCAAGAUGAAGGAGAUUGCAGAGGCUUAUCUAGGAAAGAGUGUUACUAAUGCUGUUAUUACAGUGCCUGCUUACUUCAACGAUUCUCAGCGUCAGGCCACAAAGGAUGCUGGGACCAUCUCUGGCCUGAAUGUUCUGAGAAUAAUCAAUGAACCCACAGCAGCUGCUAUUGCCUAUGGCCUGGACAAGAAAGUUGGUUCAGAGAGAAAUGUUCUAAUCUUUGACCUUGGUGGGGGCACUUUUGAUGUGUCCAUCCUCACCAUCGAAGAUGGCAUCUUUGAAGUCAAGUCCACCGCUGGUGACACCCACCUGGGUGGAGAGGACUUUGACAACCGCAUGGUCAAUCACUUCAUCUCAGAGUUCAAGCGCAAAUACAAGAAGGACAUCAGCGACAACAAGAGGGCCGUGCGUCGCCUGCGCACAGCCUGCGAGAGAGCCAAGCGCACCCUGUCCUCCAGCACUCAGGCCAGCAUCGAAAUCGACUCCCUGUACGAGGGUAUUGACUUCUACACCUCCAUCACGAGAGCUCGUUUUGAAGAGCUAAAUGCAGACUUGUUCCGUGGGACCCUGGACCCCGUUGAGAAGUCCCUCCGCGAUGCCAAACUGGACAAGUCCCAGAUCCAUGACAUUGUACUUGUAGGCGGCUCCACACGUAUUCCCAAGAUCCAGAAGCUCCUACAGGACUUCUUCAAUGGGAAAGAACUCAACAAGAGCAUAAACCCGGAUGAGGCUGUUGCGUAUGGCGCAGCUGUGCAGGCAGCCAUUUUGUCAGGGGAUAAGUCAGAGAACGUACAGGAUCUCUUGUUGCUGGACGUCACCCCUCUGUCCCUGGGCAUUGAGACAGCUGGCGGGGUCAUGACCAUUCUAAUCAAACGUAACACUACCAUCCCAACCAAGCAGACACAGACCUUCACCACCUAUUCAGACAACCAGCCUGGUGUGCUCAUUCAGGUCUAUGAAGGUGAAAGAGCCAUGACCAAGGACAACAACUUGCUGGGGAAAUUCGAGCUGACAGGCAUUCCGCCCGCACCUCGAGGUGUGCCUCAGAUUGAAGUCACCUUUGACAUCGAUGCCAACGGCAUCAUGAACGUGUCUGCUGUGGACAAGAGCACUGGCAAGGAGAACAAGAUUACCAUCACCAAUGACAAAGGUCGUCUCAGUAAGGAGGACAUUGAGCGCAUGGUGCAGGAGGCAGAGAGGUAUAAGGCUGAGGAUGACGUACAGCGUGAAAAAGUGGCUGCUAAAAACGGCCUUGAGUCGUACGCCUUUAACAUGAAGUCUACUGUGGAGGACGAGAAGCUGAAGGGCAAAAUCAGUGAUGAGGACAAGCAGAAGAUCCUGGACAAGUGCAACGAGGUCAUCAGCUGGCUUGACAAGAACCAGACCGCUGAGAAAGAUGAGUUUGAGCACCAGCAGAAGGAACUGGAGAAGGUGUGUAACCCCAUCAUCACCAAACUUUACCAGAGUGCUGGCGGCAUGCCCGGAGGGAUGCCUGAGGGCAUGCCAGGAGGAUUCCCAGGAGCUGGAGGUGCACCUGGAGGAGGAUCCUCUGGCCCAACCAUUGAGGAGGUUGACUAAAAUGAUGGCAUUUUCCAUGCUCCUUCACCCUAAUGUAGCUACUCUGUUUUUCCUUGGUGGCAUGUUCCUAAAAUGCAUAG